AUGGCAAAGGACCAAAUGCAGGUGCUAAAUGCACUUGAUGUGGCAAAGACACAAAUGUACCACUUCACCGCAAUCAUCAUAGCUGGUAUGGGCUUCUUCACAGAUGCAUAUGAUCUAUUCUGCAUAUCCCUUGUUACCAAGUUGCUCGGUCGUAUAUACUACCAUGUUGACGGUGCAGCGAAGCCAGGAACUUUGCCUCCGAAUGUAUCCGCUGCAGUAAAUGGGGUUGCUUUCUGUGGUACACUUUCAGGGCAACUUUUCUUUGGCUGGCUUGGUGAUAAGUUGGGGAGGAAAAAAGUGUAUGGCAUGACACUUUUGAUUAUGGUAAUAUGUUCACUUGGUUGCGGCCUUUCUUUCGGACACACUCCAAAACAAGUCAUGACAACUCUUUGCUUUUUCCGCUUCGGACUUGGGUUUGGUAUUGGUGGAGACUACCCGCUUUCGGCUACUAUAAUGUCGGAAUAUUCUAAUAAGAAAACUCGUGGCGCUUUCAUUGCUGCAGUCUUUGCCAUGCAGGGUUUUGGAAUUUUGGCAGGUGGUAUAUUUGCAAUCAUAAUUGCAGCUAUAUUCAAAUCCAACUAUGAUUCUCCGUCAUACGCGGUUGAUCCACUUGGUUCAACCGUUCCACAAGCAGACUACGUUUGGAGGAUAAUCAUGAUGGUAGGAGCACUCCCGGCUGCACUGACUUACUAUUGGCGGAUGAAGAUGCCAGAAACUGCCCGUUACACCGCUUUAGUCGCUAAGAACACGGCGCAGGCAGCAGCAGAUAUGUCUAAGGUUCUACAGGUUGAGAUUCAAGCCGAAGAACCAGUGAAAGAAGAGAAGGAGAAAUUCGGCUUGUUCUCAAACGAGUUUCUAAGUCGCCACGGACUACAUCUUCUCGGUACAUCAAUCACUUGGUUCUUGCUUGAUAUAGCAUUUUAUAGCCAAAAUCUAUUCCAGAAGGAUAUUUUCAGUGCAGUUGGUUGGAUACCUCCUGCUCAAACCAUGAACGCACUCGAGGAGGUUUACAAAAUCGCAAGAGCUCAAACACUUAUCGCUCUUUGCAGUACGGUUCCAGGCUACUGGUUUACAGUUGCUUUCAUCGACAGGAUAGGAAGAUUUGCAAUUCAAUUGAUGGGAUUUUUCUUUAUGACAGUAUUCAUGUUUGCGCUUGCCAUUCCUUACGAUCACUGGACUCUUAAGGAAAACCGCAUUGGAUUUGUGGUAUUAUAUUCCUUGACCUUUUUCUUUGCGAAUUUCGGACCUAAUGCUACCACAUUUGUUGUGCCUGCAGAGAUUUUUCCUGCUAGAUUUCGUUCUACUUGCCAUGGAAUAUCAUCUGCGGCAGGGAAGCUCGGAGCUAUAAUUGGUGCAUUUGGUUUCUUAUACUUGGCACAAAACGAGGAUAAGAGUAAAGCGGAUGCGGGGUAUCCUGCGGGUAUUGGUGUUAAGAAAUCACUGUUUGUGUUGGGUGGGGUCAACAUUCUGGGAUUCUUGUUUACUUUCUUGGUGCCGGAGGCAAAUGGAAAAUCUUUGGAGGAGAUGUCAGGUGAGAAUGAAGAGGAAGUUGAAGCCAACGGAGAGUUGGAGCAAUCUGGUUCUAAUAACAACAAAACAGUCCCACUUGUCUAG